AUGAAUGGUGGAGAUUUGUACAGCGCGGUGUGUGUGUUGGUGCUGGCUGUGUGUGAGGCGUAUGUGUUUCAGGCCGGUCAGUUGUCAGGAGAUGUGGAUGAAACUCCUCCACAGAACAGAGAUUUCUCGGGCUCCUGUAAGGGCCGUUGUUUCGAGCUGAAGGAGGCGGAGCCGCCCAGCUGCAGGUGUGAUAAUCUGUGUAAGACGUACCUGAGCUGCUGCUCUGACUUCGACAAGCAGUGCCUCAAGACAGCGGGAGGGUUCGAGUGUUCGCGGGAGCGCUGCGGUGAGAUCAGGAACGAGGAUUACGCCUGUCACUGUUCAGACGACUGUCUGCGGAGAGGAGACUGCUGUACCAACUACAGACCACUGUGCAAGGGUGAGAACGCCUGGCUGGAGGGUGACUGUGAGGAGAUUCAGAGCCCAGAAUGCCCUGUAGGGUUUGUCCGUCCUCCUCUCAUCAUCCUGUCUCUGGACGGCUUCCGUGCCUCUUACAUGAGAAAAGGGAAGAGCGUCUUACCCAACAUCCACAAACUGAGAUCGUGUGGAACUCGCGCCCCUCAUAUGAGGCCCAUGUACCCGUCCAAAACAUUCCCGAACCUCUACACUCUGGCCACGGGUUUGUAUCCCGAGUCUCACGGGAUCGUGUGUAACUCCAUGUAUGAUCCCAUGUUCAAAGCUCAUUUCACACUGAAAGGACAAGAGAAGCUCACUCACCGCUGGUGGGGCGGGCAGCCUGUUUGGAUCACAGCAGAGAAGCAGGGUGUGAAAGCUGGGACGUUCUUCUGGCCCUGGGUGAUUCCUCUGGAGCGGAGGAUCCUCACUACCCUGCAGUGGCUGCACCUGCCUGAUGACGAGAGGCCGUAUGUCUAUGCUGUCCACUCAGAGCAGCCGGAUACGUAUGGACACAUCCUGGGUCCGCUGAGCAAUGAGCUGGAUAACACUCUCAGGAAGAUCGAUAACAUCAUUGGCCAGCUGAUGAACGGCCUGAAACAGAUGAACCUCCAUCGCUGUGUGAACGUCAUCCUGGUGGGCGAUCAUGGAAUGGAGGAGUCUCAUUGUGAACGAACAGAGUAUUUGAGCUCUUACGGACUGGAUGUUGAUGCUAUCACACUGAUCCCAGGAUCCUCCGGAAGAAUCGGCCCCAAAAACGCCAACUCACCAUAUGAUCCGAAGGAGAUUGUAGCUAAUUUAACAUGUAAGAUGCCCAAUCAGCACUUCAAGCCGUACCUGAAGCAGCACCUGCCCAAACGCCUGCAUUACGCCAACAACAUACGCAUCGAAGACGUGCACCUGCUCAUGGACAGGAAGUGGCAUGUGGCAAUAUCUCCUGCUACCUGCGGCUUCUUUGGAGAUCAUGGCUUUGACAACAAGAUCAGCAGCAUGCAGACGAUCUUUCUGGGAUUUGGACCGGGCUUCAAUUUUAAGACAGAAGUGCCUGUUUUUGAGAACAUCGAGCUGUAUAACGUCAUGUGUGAUCUGCUGGGUUUGACUCCAGCUCCUAAUAACGGGACUCACGGCAGUCUGAACAGUGUGUUGAGGAAGCCCCCCUACACCCCCACACAGCCAGAGGAAGUGACAUCACCCACACCUUUAGCCCCGCCCACUGAGGUGACCCAUGACCUGGGCUGUAACUGUGACGAUGAGAACAACAUUGAAGAAAGUUCCCAGAGGUUUCCUUCCGCUGCCGACGGACUGUUGAACAAUUUCUCUGCUGCGGCUGAAUCCAGAUAUGAAGCUUCACUCAUCUCAAACACGGUUCCCAUGUAUCCCGCCUUCAAGAAGGUGUGGAGUUUCCUGCAGAGAGACGUCCUCAGGAGAUACAGUCUGGAGAAUAAUGGCAUAAAUGUGAUCAUGGGACCCAUAUUUGACCACAACUACGACGGGCUGAGAGACACGGAGGAGAUGAUCAAAGAGCACGCGCUGGGCUCCGUCUUCAUCCCCACUCACUUCUACAGCAUCAUCAGCAGCUGCGAGAAACUCAACGAGACGCUGGAAGAGUGUGACGGAGAUCUGAGAGUCACCUGCUUCAUCCUGCCACACAGAGCAGACAACAGAGAGAGCUGCAACCAGAGUCGGGAGGACGAGUCUC